CUCUCUCUCUCUCUAUAAAUUAAUCAGCACCUUUAAGCAAAACCGUGGGUCAUAUGUCAGUGAUUUCUCCGCUGCAUCCAACAAUGGUUUCAUCACAUGCAUUGAAGUUUGCUCUUCUCCUCUCAUCCUCCCUCAUUAUCCUCAACUUUUGUUCUGUUCCCGUCCAUGCCCUUAACAUCGGUAUUCAAGCUACAGAUAUCUCUGUCUCUGUGGGUAAAGAUUGCAGUAGAAAAUGUGAGUCAGCAUUCUGUCAAGUUCCUCCAUUUUUAAGAUAUGGUAAGUACUGUGGGCUAUUAUACAGUGGAUGCCCUGGGGAGAAGCCUUGUGAUGGCCUUGACGCUUGUUGCAUGAAGCAUGAUGCUUGUGUGCAAGUUAAAAACAAUGGGUAUCUAAGCCAAGAGUGCAGCCAAAACUUACUGGAUUGCAUGACUAACUUCGAAAACUCAGGAGCCCAUACGUUUAAGGGGAGCAGCUGCCAAGCUGAUGAGGUGAUUGAUGUUAUUUCUGCUGUCAUGGAAGCUGCUUUACUUGCUGGAAGAUAUCUUCAUAAGCCUUAGACUAAAGUCUAUCUCCUUCCUCAAGAGCAAGAACUUCAGUUUGUUUUUGUUUUCAGUCUUUCUUCCCUCUCUUCUUCUAAGUUUUUGGAACACAACUAUUUAACCCAUUCAUUUCAUUGGGGGCAAAAGUUUUUCUUUUCUUCACUUUUUCCUUUGUUACAAAAACUGACGUGACAAUGUGCAUUAUACUCGUCACAUCAGCCAUUAAAAUGUAAACUGUCAUGUGACAAUUCACAUGACAUUUACUACAUUUAUAAGCCAAUGUGGCAAUCCACGUGAAUAAUACUUAUCACGUCAUUAAAAUGUAGACUGUCAUGUGAAUUUGUAAUUUUUUUUUUAAUAAAAGCUAUAGCAACUCUAGCAUUUUUCACUGA